GAAAUUAAAUGAAAACUUGGUCCAAUCAAACUGAUAAAUGAAUAAAUAAACAAAAUAUAGUUCAUAUCCAAUUAGAUGCAGGUCAUUUAAAUCAGGUUGCCAUGUCCGUAUCAAUUAAAUCCUCUCCCAAACUUGAAAAAUUACAACUGGAAAGAAACAAACACAAAAAAAAAAACCCCAAAAAAACCAAAGCAAAAGUCUCUUCAUCUCCUUGUUCUACUUCUGCUCUGCGCUGCGCUUUGCCCACCGAGAGGAAAAAACCCUCUCCAAGCUGAUGGUCUCUCCAAGAUUACCCUAUCAGGUGCAAACCGCUGACAUGUUUCCACCCACCAACAACAAAAAAGCCUCUCUGUGCCCAAAUCUCAAGCCACAGACGCACAAACACCACUGACAGGCACUGCUGCGCCAUCAUCAGCCCCCAAAAAGCCUCUCCAGGGAUCCGCUGCCGCUGCUGCCACUGCGAUUUCCACACAAAAACACAACUUUUUUUUUUUUUUUUUUGUGUAUGCUUGGAUAAGUUUGUUUGCCCACUUUUUUAGCGACUUGUUUUUUCUUUUUCUUUUUCUUUUUUCGGUGGAAGGGCGUUUUUAUUAUCCACCGCUGUUAUUUUUUUUCUCCUCCGCAGCACUUGGUAGAAUAAAAUGACCCAUGCAAGGUGUGUGAAUCCCCCGCAGGUACGGACGGAGCUGAGGAGCCUGUGAUCUCUGGAGCAGCAGGAUUGGGAUUGUGGGACAGCUCGCUCAGGCUGUAGGUGCAAAACUCGAAGGAUAUUCUUUUUAAACGAGGAGAUUUUUUUUUUUUUUUGGAGAGGUCGAACACUGAAUCCUUUGCACGCUUGGCACCGAUUUACGGAGACGUUGCGGGAUUUCGAGGAGCUGAGAAAAAUAAUCUUCUGGAUAAUUCACCCCCCCCCCCCCCACCUCCCCCCACCCCCAACAAGGAAGCACCUAAUGUUGCACUCCGUGACUCUGCUACUGCUCUCCGGCGAUCUAUCCUUACACUGGGAUUCAAUCUCCUACUUACCCCCGGAGGUGUGUGCGUAAAGGACGCGCAAGAGGAGCGAAAGCGAGAGACAAGAGAGAGGGGGGCGAUUUCGCCAACCUUUCCUGGGGCCCUAAAUCUGUGGAAGCAGGUGUAUUUCAGGUGUAUUUCUGCAAGUCAAGAUGUCUCUGCUGCCUUCGAGGUUCAUAUACCUGUGUUUACAUUUUCUGGUACUCUAUUUCCAGCUACAGGAGUCCCAGCAGAGCUCUGCUGAUUUCAGGUUUUACAUCGAGAACCACACCAGGAACCCGGACGACCUGAGCCGGAAGCAGGUCCGGAUCUACCAGCUGUACAGCAGAACCACGGGGAAGCACGUCCAGAUCCUGGGGAAGAAAGUCAACGCCAACGGAGAUGAUGGGGGCAAGUAUGCUCUUCUUGUGGUUGAGACAGAAACCUUUGGGAGCCACAUCCGAAUAAAAGGAAAAGAGAGCGAACAUUACAUCUGCAUGAACGAGAAAGGCAAAAUAGUCGGAAGGCCCGAUGGAAGGAAGCAGGAGUGCGUCUUUGUCGAGGAAUUCCUGGAGAACAACUACACAGCUCUCGUGUCGGCCAAGUACAAAGGAUGGUACCUCGGCUUCAACCGGAAGGGGCGGCCCAAGAAAGGCUCGCGGACCACGCAGAGGCAACAGGAAGUCCACUUCAUGAAGCGGCAGCCAAAGGGCAGGGUGGACCCGCUGGAGGAGUUUCGUUUCACCACAGUAACUAAGCGGACACGAAGGGCUCGGCGAUUAAAACCCAACCCCAAGAGGAACUGAUGGGACCAAUGGGACAGCACUAAUUUUCCUUCGAGGGGGAGGAAAAAAACAAAAAAAACAAACUGUAACUGAAAAUCUCAAGCUUCUUGUCUUAAAAGAAUCACCUUAAAGACUUCACUUCUGUAAAAGAAAAAGACAGACAAAAAGAACAAAAAAAAAAAACAAAAAAAAAAGUCAAAGAUGUUUUAUUUUUGUAUUUCAGGAUGACUGAAUAUUUCCUAACUCUUGGAUUCUUCUGGGUUGAUGUCAUUGUGCUAACGUGUCUGUCAUGUUAUUUAUACUGGAUAAACUAAAGGACUUCUGAGAGAAUUCCUGUCGCCGUCGUCCUCAGCUACGUUUGAACUGCAAGCUGAAGGCAUACUUUCUUUUUGACAGUGUGGGGGCUGAAGCAGGAGCGGACGCAAUGUUAUAAAAAUCAGCCAACUAGAGAUUUAUUGGAAUACCUGUCGGUUUUUGUUUGUGUUGCCCCUGACAACGCGGAUCCCAUACUUUCCACUGGAAUCAGACACCAUGGAGACGGGAACGGAGAGAGAGAGAGAGAGAGAGAGAGAGAGAGAGAGAGAGAGGUGGCAGUCGCAGGUGACACUGUGCUGCCGGGAUAACUGUGUAGCUUUGAGUGCAAUAUUUUACAGGUCUCUCUCUCUCUCUCUCUCUCUCUCUCUAUCUCUCUCUCUCUCUCUCUCUCUCUCUCUUUUUCCAUAUGUCUCUCAACCUCAGCUUCACUCGUUGGCUCCUGGAAUGCGCUGAACCCUCCGAGUACUGUGUGUGAUUUCCUUGACAUUUCCAUGCAGCUUGUGAUUCAGCUAAAACACGACAUGCUUUGACUAGUCAGGCACCAGCCGUGGCUUUAGUCUUGUUUAAACAGUAAAAAAAAAAAAAAAAAAAAAAAAAAAAAAAAGAAAA